UGUAGGGUUUGGAUGCAGGCAUGUUUGGGGAGAUACUGAGUUACAUUUACUCUGGAACCCUCCAUGUGUCCAUGGACACAGUGCAGCCCCUGUACCAGGCAGCCGACCACCUCCAACUGGACUAUGUGAGAGACACCUGCAGCAACUACAUGGCAAUGAACGUGGAGCGCUCCACCUGUGUGGACCUGUACAAGUUUGCCGAUGUCUUCUACGUGGAAAACGUCCAGAAGCAAUGUCUGCAGUGGAUCGCCAGACACUUUACUGAGGUUGCCUCUAGUGAAGAGUUCUGCAGCCUGAGUGUGAAUCAGCUGACUGAGAUCAUCAGCUACGAUGAGCUUGAUGUUAAAGAGGAGGCAACAGUGUGGGAGGCUGUGGUAAGAUGGGUGCAGCACAGUAGGGAGGACAGACUGCAUCACCUACCCAGUAUCCUCCCUCAUAUCCGCUUCAACCUGCUGACCUCAGACGACAGGGCAGCCAUCUUGGAAAACCCGCUGGUCAAGGAGAAUCCUGGUAGUUCUGAGGUCAUGAAGAAUGUGGUACAGAAAGUGAACUCCAAUCUGAAACCGAGGCUUGGGAUGACUACAGAAAUGAUUCUGCUGUGCCAUGGUUCCAAGGAGAUCCUCUUCAUGAACCCUCGGGAAGAGAAGAACAUCAGCUGCACGUACAAGCCUGAAGACCUGCCUGAUUUUUUAGCUAUGACAGUCACCAGUGAUAACGACAUUUACAUGCUGGAAGCUAAAGAGUUAGAGAAUGAGGACCAGGUGUCCCUGUUUAAAUACAACCAUGCAAAGAACGCAUGGGAGCAUGAAUGUGUGUCCUCAAUAUCUAAGAGACCAGAAGGUUGUUUGAUACACCGUGAGCAAAUGCUUUUUGAAGUUGAUGGGACGUUGUUUUACAUUGUGUUUUAUGAAGACGGACCAUUCUUGCUGAUGAGAAAGUACAACCAGCACACAAAACAGUGGCAGGAGUGUUCACAGCUUCGAUUCGACCCAACUGUAUACUAUAGCGUAACAUUGUCAUGUGGUUCACACAUCUAUUUCCUCACAAGUGAUGAAGUGCAUCGCUACGACCUGACCAGAGACAAGUGGAUCAUGCGGACCCCACCUUUCAUCAUUCUUGAUGUUUGCACAGCCGUCACCAUGAGAACAGAGAUUUUCUUUACAAAUUUUGACUUCAGCUGGAUUAUGGUUUACGACACAGAGUCAGACCGCUGGCAGAAGCUGCAAAGCUGGUCGAACCCAGGAAACCUCGAAAUUACUGAAUGUCCCAGUCUUUUCGUACUGGAUAACCAGCUACACAUAUGGUUAAUAUGUGAAAAUGAUGACGAUGAAGAAGAGCACCUCUUAUAUGUUUAUGACAGGUCUGCUGAUGCCUGGACAGACUUGAAGGCCACUCUGCCAGAUAAGAAAUAUUAUGCGUAUGGUCACCAUUGCCAGGUAGCACGUAUGUAUCUACCAUAUCUGAAGUGAUGCUAAAACAUCGCUUCUUACGCUUGCAAUAAUUGAUGUGCAGGAUGAAGACACAUAGAGUUCAGUGCAGAGUACAGUAUUUUUCAUGACAUUUGUUCAGAUCUCAGCUUUUGAUCAAUGCCUUCAUAAUAGGAUAGGUGUUGUACUAUAUUUCUUCACAGAAAAGAUACGUUCUUUCCAAUAGAUAUGUAACCUAGACUUAUGUCCUGUGUCUUUGAUGUAUUGCUUUUAAUAAUAUUUGAACAUUUGGUAUUUACUGGUACACAGUCGUCCUUUUGUCAAGUGCUAUUCUGUUUGAAUGAAUAUUGUACUUUGAUGGGGUUCUUUGAUCUUUGAUAAAACAAUUGUGAUUAUGUCGUAAUAAACUUCAUAUCUUAAAUUUGAUCUGUUUUAAUAGCCCCUAUUCCCUGAGAUCAUUUGACUUGACAAAACACCACAAUCGCAUUUGUAUUGCACAUAUCUAUUCAUGUUCAUUCGAACUUGGCUUAUAUGUCACUGGUGAUGCCUUAAUGUAAUGGAAUUUUUCAUCG